AUGGGCCGCCUUCGCAACCUUUCCGAGAGCUUCAAGGCUGCGGCAUUCAGCAAUUCGACCCUCUCCAUCUCUUCGCUCUCCAAGGCCUCCUCCGGCCAGACCCAAAUCGUCGAUAAGGACUCACCGUCAUCGGCUCGUUACCAGGAAUUUCCGACGCCCUCCGAAACCCCUCGAACAACCCCCCGGACGGAGCGGGCUGCAUCCCGCCCUGUAUCCAUGGUGUACACACCUCCGUCGAUGGAGUUGGAAAGAGAAAAUCAUAUCGAGGAGUUGAGACCGGUGUUCAGCUUCCUCUCAAGUCACAGCAACAAGCUCUAUCAAGAAGGGUAUUUUCUCAAACUGAAUGAUCUUGACACUCAUGGAAGACCUAAUCCGGAUCGCAACUGGACCGAAUGCUUCGCUCAACUGGUCGGCACGGUACUUUCGCUUUGGGACGCCGCUGCUUUGGACGCGGCCGGCCAGGAUGGAGAAGUGGCUCCUACAUUUAUCAACCUGGCGGAUGCCUCCAUCAAGAUGAUCGAGACGCUCCCUACGCGAAAUCCCGAUGUCCAACCUUUACAGAAUGUACUCUCCAUAUCUACGGCGGGCAAGAAUCGGUAUUUGCUACAUUUUAACUCUCUCCACUCUCUCACGCAGUGGACGGCUGGCAUCAGACUCGCAAUGUUUGAACAUGCCUCACUCCAGGAACUGUACACUGGCUCUUUGAUUGCCGGCAAAGGGAAGUCUUUAAACAAUAUCCGGACGAUCAUGGAGCGUACCAAAUUCAAGACGGAAGACUGGGCGCGAGUUCGAUUUGGCGCUGGCACUCCAUGGAGGCGAUGCUGGUGUGUGAUAGAGCCUCCUGACGAGAAAGAAUGGCAAAAGUCCAACAAGUCCCUGAAGAAGAAAUCAGCGUACGACCGACCCGCCAUGCCGAAGGGAGUCAUCAAGUUCUAUGACACCAAGAAGACAAAAAAGGCCAUGCCUAUAGCGACCAUUACCGACGCAUAUUCAGCGUACGCUAUCUACCCCCAGUCUAAGCCGUUGAUCGACCAGUCUACCUUGGUCAAAGUUGAAGGCCGCAUCACAAUACAUUCUACACCAGAAUCCAAGACUGAAGGCUUUGUCUUCGUGAUGCCCGAGGUACAUCCUGCAGUGUCAGGUUUUGAAAUGAUGCUUCGGUGGCUUUUCCCUGUUUAUGACAUUUUCCACCUUUACGGCCGUCCCCAACGGCUAAUAGCCGACACAUGGGACACUCGAGGCCUCAUGUUUGCGAUGCCGCGGGAGCGGAGAUACGGCUAUCUGGACAUUAUUGACGUUGCCGCGCUUGUCCAUUCUCAGGGAAGCGAAAAAUGGAGCGAACGUGAAUGGCGGAGACAGUUGAAAGAGGCAACUUCUAAGCGAAUGUCUAUGACCGCACAGGGACGUUCGAGUGGCACUUUCGAGAAUAGGCGCCCGAACCGAGUAUUUUCGGAAUCCAGGCAAGGCGUGCAUUACGACGAUGCUGAUUCAGUACGUUCGUCGCCUUUUUCGCGACAUCAGCACAAUCAAUCAACCGAUGCAGUGUUUGCUUCUCCAAAGAAAGUUGUCACUGCUCCAGCAAACACGGCCUAUCUCUCUCCAGGACAAAACCACCAUUCAAGGUCUGUAUCAGAAUCCGUGGCGUACAUGUCACCGACCCAGAAUCGUCGCCAGCACGACCAUUAUCAUCCUUCCAGGUUGUCCACUGAAUACACCGAUAUGGAGCCUAUUCAGCCUCCCCCGGCUCCUCCUGCUCAUCGAAAUCCAUUCAAGAAUAACAUUAUUCAUAGCGAAGCAGAAACAUCAGACAGCCGCUACAGCUCGGAUAGCGACGGACAAGGUCCACGGACUCAACCGGAAGAUAUUCAACGAGAUGUAGGCGAAACAGCACCACCUGCGCCGGUGGUGGCUCCUCCAAAUAUGCAGCAUCAACACAGUGACGUCCCGCAGAGGCGACCCGAUGCUCGACCGGACUUGAGACGUGAGAAAAGUCGAAUGUCGAAUGGAACCUUGUCUCAGAUUGUUGAUGUGAAUAAACUCGCGAACAGUGGGGCGGCGGGGCAUGCAGCGUUGGUGGCGUGGAAUAAUGGCCGAGAAGGCGAGAAUCAGGGGCUUCGAGGGGUAAAUGAGACCCCUCGCGACGAAGAAAUAUCUGCUAAUCAACCUGUUUCUCAAGAAGUGGUAGCAGAAGGUGCUUAUACGCAAAACCCUGCUGAUGUCAGACCAGAACAUCCCCGGAUGCCCUCUGUACAGUCAACGGCCACCAAACCGAUCCAUCGAAAGCCUGUCCCGACAACCACAUCAACCCUGUUAACACCAUCCAACCGUCUGCAAUCGCCCGACAGGAUGUCCAGACACUCAGCCUCCAGUUAUGACAGCACCCCGAGUAGUUCACCGGACUAUGACAGUCUUCCCGAGGACGAUGAUCGUCCUGUAUUUCACAGAAAAACCAGGACAGGCGUCUUGAAGACAGUCGGAGAUCCUCAACUGUCCAGUGGCGGCCAACAAGACUCGGCCAAAAUCGACAUACCGGUCGUUGACUUUGGCAUGACGUUUACCCCUAGCUUGACCCCGGGACACAGUCGUCCUCCGACGGCUUCUGGAAUCACCGGACGGCAGUCGCCGUUUGAUCAGCCAUUGACCGCUCCCGCAACGCCUUUGACCAGAUCUCCUCAAGAAGAGCGAGCCUCUCCGGGAAAUCUUAGCCCUGGCGACGGGCAGAGGUCACCGUUGGUUGAGAGAAACAGCCCCAAGGGCGCUCACUCGCGCUCAUCUAGCUAUGCUUGGCAUCCCGGAACGACCCUGGAGAGGCACAAUUCAGUAGGAGGCUUGACAGCUGAGGAGUUCGUCCAGCAACGCGCCGUCGCUGCUAGGGUUCCACAAGGAUAUGUCCCUCACCGGAGUGUUUCCUACAGUAAGGUCGAGCAGUCUCCAAACAAAUUGCAGAAAAAACGAGAUUCAAUGCUUCGACCCAGCUCGAGGCAUUCGUUAUUGAUCGAUCCAUCAUCACAUUUAUCAGCCCGAGAACAGGAGCAUGUUGCCAAAAUGACUGGUGGCCCGUUGAUUCAGGUGGUUGACCGGAGUAAGACGCCAGACCCAUCUGUCGGGCUGAUAGGGGCGAUCGAAGCACGAGAGCAAGAAAAGAGAAACAUAAAGGACGGGGUUGCCGGUCAUAUGGUUCAAGAGGCCAUCGCGCAAAGGCAGGCGGCAGAGCGCACCUACGGAAUGCAGUCGCAUGCCAGCUACAACUCGCCUGUUGACGUCAGACAAAGUGGGCAAUGGGCCGGCUCUCAAGGACCUCUGUACUGGGGUGGUACCGUGCCGCAACAGCCGCAACACGCCUGGUCGAACCAGUCGGCGUGGCAGUAUCAGCAACAGGCUCAGGCUCAGGCACAGCAGAUACAACAGAUGCAGCACCAGCAGCCUUAUCAGAUGUAUAAUGCGAGAUCUAGUGGGCAUUAUGUGUUACCUGGUGGUUAUGGCUCCCGGUCAUAA